AGACGCUGCCUCGGCGGCUACUUGCCGACCCAGGCGGGGUUUGUUCCCCUCUUGAACCGCCUCUUCUCACCUUUACGGAAGGUUUGGGUGCUGAGGGUUUCUAGGAGGCUGCCUGGAAACUCGGGGGGCUGGUGAGCACGGAAGAGUUGUGGCUUUUGUUCCGUUUGCAGAGGGAAGCGCAAACAGAAGUGUCUGUUCACAAGUGUGGAAAGAGCACUUAGCAGUUCAGUAAAUAUUUGUUCUCAGUUUCCUGGUGCUGGGACCACAUGCCCAGCUGGCACGUUGCUUAGAUCCACUGCAAGAGGACAAGCCACUUGAAUUCUUUGUGGGGUUGGGAUGAAACAACCCAGAGCUGAGGGACACGGGACGUCUCAGCUGUCCAUCCCCUCACCACCUCUGUUUUCUUAGGGAAGGGCUUGUCUUUUGUCCUCCCCUGCAAUGACAGUUGUCACACUUGUGGCUUUUUCUCCCCCUUUCUCUGCCUUCUGAUGGCCUGUCACUGCUUCCUGUCACCAUGUGACACCGUGCUAUGUGCCACCCAGCCCUGGGCUCAGGACAUUUCAUUGUGUCACUGGCCAAGUGCAACCCAGCAAGUGGUGGUUGCAGGAAGAAACUGGAGUGAUGGAGCGAGCUGCCUUCCUGGAGGUGCUCUUGUCUCUGGAGUGUGCUGGGGGGGGUCAUAUUCUCCAUUUCUGGAUGCCUGUACCUUGCCACCUGCUCCAAAUACCUGCAUUACUCAGGAGCUUCUGUCUUUUGGUGGUGGCUCUUCUGUGCUGGGCUUAGCAACAGCACCUUUGCUGCUGCAGCAGCUCCCUGAUCCCAGUUAAGGGCUCGGGAGAAGCUCUUGCCCUGGACUCCAGCAGCAAAGGUCCUGAGCACUUGGUGUCUGGACAGUGUCUGCAUUAGCUGUAAGGUUACUGGGUGAAGUUUAUUGCCUGUUAUCCCUGUCUGUAGGGAAGCCACAAACUGCUGUGAGCAUGUUUAGAUUCUGCUGCUGGGCUUGUGUGUGGUUGAAGCCCCUGGAGCCAUCUGGAGAAGGGCACUUGGCCAGAGGCAGCAGGAAUUGCACAAGCCACUCGGCCUCCCAGACCCUGCACUCCUGUAGCCUGGAGCUGAAGGUUUCUGGCCCUUGCCUACAGCACAGGGAGCGUUGAACUGGGCUCCCUGGGGAGCAGAGAGCCUCGCCAGAACGCCUGGGUUGAGCUUUUAUUGUCUCAGUCCAUCCCUGGAUUCCUUUUCUGCUCUGUGACAGGGCCGUGGGAGUGGGGGAGCGGUUUAAGGGAGUGAAGGCUGUGGGUUGUGCUGUUCUGCAGCCAAAAUCACUUCCUUCAGAUCCUGCUGGGUCCUGCUCUGUCCCAAACUGCCCCAUCCCCUUCCUGCUGUCAGCUGGAGACGAGCUGCUGACAACGUGCCAUCACCCGCAGCUCCCUGUGACUGCUCCCUUUUUGUUCCUUCUGGGUGAGAUCAGCUGUGUCUGCGUGGUGUGUAGGAAAUGCAGGUUUUGUCAUGGUAACAAGGCACUGCAGAGGAGGGAAGCUGAGCAGAGAUAAGAGCCCUCCCUUCUGCUCUGCCCUGAGCUCUGGGUUUAUCUGCAGUUCCCUGGCAGGGUGCUGAGCCCCGGCACUGAGGUGCUGUGCUGCCAGACAAGCAAAAGGGUGGAAGAAGGACGUUCACACUGCAUGGCAGGGCCAUUAAAGGUACAUUGUGUCUUAGAUGAGGAGUCAGAAGAGAGGAAAAGAUUGGGAUUUAGUGGGCAAAGGCCAUGGACUCUUCUGCAUGAGGUGAUGUGGGAGAGCCCGAGGAGGCAGAAAUGCCUUUGUGCAGCAUCGCCCGAGGCUCCCGCAGCACUUCCCUGGGCUGUGGGUCCUGCCCUGCCGUGGGGCAAACAUCUAGAAGCUGUUUUACCUUCAUGGAGACAUCCAGGAGAGUUAUGGCACGUGGGCUAAGAGAAAAUCAGGGCUUUGAGCUGUUGUGGGGUGGCCCUUGGUCGGCAGCUCAAUCCUCCAGCACUCGCAGGUCUGACAGGAUCGGAGCUCAUUCCUCAGCCCGGGGGCAGGAGCCUGUGAGAGGCUGCACCUCAUCCCACCCUGUUCCCACACUGGGUCAGGGCAGAGCUGCUGACUCACCUUUUAACCUGCUGUGUUCCUGCCUCUCUGGCUUUCCAGGGACCCUUGUGUGGCUCCAGGGCCUGUAGGGAAAAGCCACCAGGUCCCAGCAGCGGGCCAGGGAAGGAGAAACCCCUUCUAAACAGGGCACAGUGUCAGGUCCUGUUGGGACCAGCUUAAGCCUGGCCAGACUCUAGAUGGGGCUGAAGAGUUGGAGAUCUUUCCUGCACCGAGCUUGGCCUAGGUUUUCAGUUGGGUUUGGGCACUCAGGAGCAUUCCUGAAUGGAAAGCCCUUGGCUGUGGUCCCACAGCCCCCACACCUGGAGAUCCCAGGAGAGUUCUGCCAGCGCUGGGGUCCCAAAGAAGUCAGAGAGGGGCUUCUUGCCCAACGUGGAGGUAACAGGAGGUAGCUGUGGACAUCUCGUGCUGCUGACACGAGAGGGAGGUUUGCAGAGAUGCUCAUGCCGUGGGCGAGGGCUGAGUCACAGGCUGAGGGGUGUGUGCUGACAGGCAGGAGGAGGAAGAUGCCAAGCUCAGGAUGGAGCUGCUGAGGCCUGGCCAAGGCUCCAGCCCCUCUCCAAAGCCCCACUGCCUCUUAAUGCCACUCUGCAUGGCAGCAGAGGCAUGGGCGCCUUCCCAGAGCUGCCAUCGCCCCGUAACUCGUGCUGUGACAUGCCUUCCCUCCUUCUUCCCCUCUCCUGUAGCUCUCGGGCUCCCUUUCCAGCAUUUGCUGUGAUUCAUGUUCACUCAUGGCAGCAACCGGUUGUGCACACAAACUAAAACACAGUCCCUUUGCCUGGGGAGGGAAACAGCCAAAUCCAGUCGGGCUUUGCAGACAGCUGAAGCUUUGCAGGGCUUCGACCCAGUUCAUUUUCAGUGGCUGAGAUCAACCCAGUUGAGCACAGCAGGUCCUGCCCAGCACGGCUGGGAGCAGCUCAAAAAUCCUCACAGCUUUGGCAGCCAAACACUCAGUAACGUUUUUUAUGCCUGUUUUGUCUUAUCCCCAGCCUGUGCCCGGGGUGGGGAGCUCUGGUGCUCGGCAAAUGUGACAGCCAUGACUCAAGUGGAAGUUUCUAAAGCUGCAUUCACCAUUUUAGAGGGAUGCAGACACCUCUCUCCUCCCUUUUCCCAUAUCUCGGGGCACUGCUAACAGGGAUGUCCAUCCUGAGGAUCACCAGUUCUCACUUUUCAUGCUUCUUUAGCCCUGCUGAGCGCCAGCAGCAGCAGAUGCUGCCAGCAGAGCGAGUCUCCACGCCCUGCCUGCCCACACAGGUGGCAUUUGCACACAAACCCCAGUACCAGCUGGUAGAAAACCAGAGCUUGCCUGGUUAAAAAGCCCCGGGAAGAUGUAUUGCUCACUCUGUAAUUGCACAAGCUGAACCCGAGCCAGUUCUUGACUUCUUAGAAAUAAGCGAAGCCGUGUCCCAGACCAGUUUUCCGUUCGUUGCCAGUUGGCCGGGCCACGAGCCCAGAUCCAGUUGCAGCCUGUUCCGACCCCUGGGAAGGCUCUGGGAAUGGGGAGGACGCGAUGAGCCUCCGGUGUUCCCUGGCAGGGAAAGGAACGGCGUUGGGAAACUCCUGCGGAGGUUCAGGAGCUUGUUUCGAGGAGUGGGCUGGAUUACAGCUGAUCCCCGCAGGUCCCCUCCAGCCCCAGCCGCUCGGCACAGUUCACACGAGCUCCGGCCGCCGUCGAGCCGAGGUCGGGGGUGGGAGCUGGAAGCGGGGUUCAGGGGGCACCGAGCAACCGCGCAGCAAACGGGGAGCUACCCACGGCAGGCACCAGCCCCGUGAGCCACCCCGGGCGCGGCACCUUCCCGGGGGCUGGCGCGGCCGCGGCCCCGCGGGGCCGUCUCGGGAUGUCCCGGGGCGGGCGGGGAGACGCCGCUGCCCCCCGCGACCCCCCCGCAGGCGCUGGGAGGAAGAGGAGGGGACGGCCCGCACAUGCUCGCUGCCUUGUUUUGCAGGGCCCGGCCCGGCCCGCCCCGUCGGGGCCGCCCCCGGGCGCGCCGGGCUCUUAAAGCGGGCGGCGGCGGGGCCGGGCCGGGCUGUGCCGCCGGCCGGAGCUCGCCAUGAUCUUCGAUCGCGUGAAGCGCUUUGUGAUCGUGCUGGAGGGGUCGGAACGCGACGGCCCGGUCGCUUUCAACCCCGGGCAGGCGGUGUCGGGCCGCGUGGUGCUGGAGCUGGUGGCGGCGGCGCGGCUGGGAGCCCUGAGGCUGCGGGCGAUGGGCGCUGCCCGCGUCCACUGGACCGAGUCCCGCAGCGCCGGCUCCAGCACCGCCUACACGCAGAGCUACAGCGACCAGGUGGAGUUUCUCAACCACCGCGACACGCUGCUGGCACCCCCAGACAAUGGUGAGGUCACGGUCCUGCAGGCAGGAAAGCACGAGUUCCCCUUCACCUUCCAGCUCCCAGAGACCCUGGCAACCUCCUUCGAGGGGAAGCACGGCAGCGUGCGCUACUGGGUGAAAGCCAAACUGCACAGACCCUGGGCAACGGUGAAGAAGGUGAAGAAGGAGUUCACAGUGAUUGAACCCAUCGACAUCAACACUCCUGCUCUGCUGGCUCCACAGGCAGGUGCCAAAGAGAAACUUGCUCGUGCCUGGUACUGCAACCGUGGCCAGGUUUCUGUGACGGCCAAGAUUGACCGAAAAGGCUACACCCCAGGUGAGGUCAUCCCUAUCUUUGCUGAGAUCGACAACUGCACCAGCCGAGCCGUGGUGCCCAAGGCAGCCAUCAUCCAGACUCAGACCUUCGUCGCUCGGGGCACCAAGAAGCAGAAGAAGUCGGUGGUGACCACGAUGGUGGGGGACGCCAUCGCAGCGGGGAAGCGGGACGUGUGGCACGGCCGGGCGCUGAAGAUCCCGCCCGUGGGCCCGUCCAUCCUCCAGUGCCGCAUCAUCCAGGUGGAAUACUCCCUGAAGGUUUGUGUGGAUAUUCCUGGGACAUCCAAGCUGCUUCUUGAACUGCCACUCGUCAUCGGAACCAUCCCGCUGCACCCCUUCGGGAGCCGCACGUCCAGCGUCAGCAGCCAGUACAGCGUCAACCUGGACUGGCUCAGCACCAUCCCGGAGCAGCCAGAGGCUCCCCCUGAGUACUCGACAGUGGUGUCGAGCCCAGAGGCCGAGCAGAGCCUGGCUCCGCCGUGCCGCAGCGAACUCGGCGGCAUCCUGGAAGGUCCUUUCUUCGCCUACAUCCAGGAGUUUCGCUUCCGACCACCUCCGCUGUAUUCAGAGAUCGAUCCAAACCCCCCUGCAGACAACAUCCGUCCGCGUUGCAUGACCUGCUGAGCGAAGCGCCGUCGGACGCUGUUGACAACAUGAGGCUGCCUUGGGAUGAGAGUUUGCACCCUCAGCAGCACUUGGGUCUGCAAAUGGGGACGUGGCAGCUGUGAGACCAGAGUUCCUGCAGCAUUGAGACCCCAUCUCUGCUCGCUGCCCUCACCUGCUCUUGUGACUGUCCCACAGGCCAACACCAAGCUCGGUGUUGAGAACUCGUCCGUGGUAGGAGAAAACGUGAGACCCCGUGGUGUGGAGCAGCCCCAUAUGUGGCUGGGCAGGAUGGCAGAGUGUUAAUAACUGCCCCAGGGCUUUGGGGUUCAAAGGGGGAACUAUUUGCUCUCCCCUUGGCCUUGCUUUGGCAACCCCUGUGGUGGAGAACAGGAGCUUGGAGGGUAUUUCUCAGGAGUUCAAGAGAAUCUUUUAAUCCUGCUCAGGUUUGAGUCCUGUGGUGAUACAGGCGCAGCCCAUCUCCUGCAGCUCACCAGGACUGCAGUUCCCUAAGAAAGGAAAAGGCCUUUUUCUGGCCAGAUGAAGCAGAAACUUCAUCUGCUGCUGAUAGUCUUUGCCACAAGCCCAGCGAUGCCUGCAGGGGGAAUGGUCUGAGCUGGUCUGCUGAAACUGUAAAGGCUUCUAUGAGCUGUUACCAGGACAGAGGUCUUGGGGGAUGAAUUUAUGAUGUGGCAGCGUUUUGGGGCUGUUUAUCGAGAACAGGAAAGCUGAUUCCUGCAUGUCAGCACCAAACCUGCACAAUGUGCUGAUGCCUCUUCUGUGAUGGGGCCCAAAACCAACCCCCAAACAGUGGAACAGAGUGUUGGAGCUGUGGCUCUGGCAUCUCUGGUGGCCAAGGAGGUGUGAAGGACGUUCAGUCCAAGGCUGGUGGCAGCUAUGAUUGAUGAUGAGAGAUGUGGAGUUGAAAUGAGUCCUUCAGGGCCAAGAGACCUGCUCAGGAUGGGCUCGAUCCUGUGCCCAUAAAAGCGUUGGUGGCCCUGGCACAGUGAGGACAGAGCAGCAACGUGUGCUCACCAGUGUGGGAACCGGUGGGAUGGGUGUUUGUAGCAAGGACUGCUCGAGUUGUGUGUGCCAGGGGCUGACCCUGCUUGCUCCAGCAUGACCUGAGCAGAGUUUGGGUGCUGAGGACCUUUGCAUUCCCUCACUGAGCCAAUCCUGCCCGUGGGGCUGCCACUGAAGCCAGCCGUGCCUUAGCCUCCGUGCUGAGGAUUGCUCAGAUGGUUUUUCUGGAGCUGUGAACACUUUUGUAACGACCACUCUUGUCUCUGUUCUUUUUGUAUGACUUUUUUGUUGGGGAAAUUUUGUUUGAAAUAAAUCCUUUCAACCCUG